UGAAUUGGGGCGUGUCUAGAAAGAGAAGCCAUAGUCGGCGAGCACCGCUGGGGCAUCCCGCUCGGGUGCUGCUGCAGCCGGCAGAGAUGGUUGAGCUCAUGUUCCCGCUGUUGCUCCUCCUUCUGCCCUUCCUUAUGUAUAUGGCUGCGCCCCAAAUCAGGAAAAUGCUGUCCAGUGGGGCGUGUACAUCAACUGUUCAGCUUCCUGGGAAAGUAGUUGUGGUCACUGGAGCUAAUACAGGUAUCGGGAAGGAGACAGCCAAAGAGCUGGCUCAGAGAGGAGCUCGAGUAUAUUUAGCUUGCCGGGAUGUGGAAAAGGGGGAAUUGGUGGCCAAAGAGAUCCAGACCACAACAGGGAACCAGCAGGUGUUGGUGCGGAAACUGGACCUGUCUGAUACUAAGUCUAUUCGAGCUUUUGCUAAGGGCUUCUUAGCCGAGGAAAAGCACCUCCACGUUUUGAUCAACAAUGCAGGAGUGAUGAUGUGUCCGUACUCGAAGACAGCAGAUGGCUUUGAGAUGCACAUAGGAGUCAACCACUUGGGUCACUUCCUCCUAACCCAUCUGCUGCUAGAGAAACUAAAGGAAUCAGCCCCAUCAAGGAUAGUAAAUGUGUCUUCCCUCGCACAUCACCUGGGAAGGAUCCACUUCCAUAACCUGCAGGGCGAGAAAUUCUACAAUGCAGGCCUGGCCUACUGUCACAGCAAGCUAGCCAACAUCCUCUUCACCCAGGAACUGGCCCGGAGACUAAAAGGCUCUGGCGUUACGACGUAUUCUGUACACCCUGGCACAGUCCAAUCUGAACUGGUUCGGCACUCAUCUUUCAUGAGAUGGAUGUGGUGGCUUUUCUCCUUUUUCAUCAAGACUCCUCAGCAGGGAGCCCAGACCAGCCUGCACUGUGCCUUAACAGAAGGUCUUGAGAUUCUAAGUGGGAAUCAUUUCAGUGACUGUCAUGUGGCAUGGGUCUCUGCCCAAGCUCGUAAUGAGACAAUAGCAAGGCGGCUGUGGGACGUCAGUUGUGACCUGCUGGGCCUCCCAAUAGACUAACAGGCAGUGCCAGUUGGACCCAAGAGAAGACUGCAGCAGACUACACAGUACUUCUUGUCAAAAUGAUUCUCCUUCAAGGUUUUCAAAACCUUUAGCACAAAGAGAGCAAAACCUUCCAGCCUUGCCUGCUUGGUGUCCAGUUAAAACUCAGUGUACUGCCAGAUUCGUCUAAAUGUCUGUCAUGUCUAGAUUUACUUUGCUUCUGUUACUGCCAGAGUUACUAGAGAUAUCAUAAUAGGAUAAGAAGACCCUCAUAUGACCUGCACAGCUCAUUUUCCUUCUGAAAGAAACUACUACCUAGGAGAAUCUAAGCUAUAGCAGGGAUGAUUUAUGCAAAUUUGAACUAGCUUCUUUGUUCACAAUUCAGUUCCUCCCAACCAACCAGUCUUCACUUCAAGAGGGUCACACUGCAACCUCAGCUUAACAUGAAUAACAAUGACUUGGCUCAGGAGCAGGGCUUGCCCAGGCAUGGUGGAUCACCGGAGGUCAGUAGUUCAAGACCAGCCUGGCCAACAUGGUGAAACCCCACCUCUACUAAAAAUUGUGUAUAUCUUUGUGUGUCUUCCUGUUUAUGUGUGCCAAGGGAGUAUUUUCACAAAGUUCAAAACAGCCACAAUAAUCAGAGAUGGAGCAAACCAGUGCCAUCCAGUCUUUAUGCAAAUGAAAUGCUGCAAAGGGAAGCAGAUUCUGUAUAUGUUGGUAACUACCCACCAAGAGCACAUGGGUAGCAGGGAAGAAGUAAAAAAAGAGAAGGAGAAUACUGGAAGAUAAUGCACAAAAUGAAGGGACUAGUUAAGGAUUAACUAGCCCCUUAAGGAUUAACUAGUUAAGGAUUAAUAGCAAAAGACAUUAAAUAUGCUAACAUAGCUAUGGAGGAAUUGAGGGCAAGCACCCAGGACUGAUGAGGUCUUAACAAAAACCAGUGUGGCAAAAAAAAAAAAAAAAUCCUAAAAACAAACAAACAAAAAAACAAUUCUUCAUUCAGAAAAAUUAUCUUAGGGACUGAUAUUGGUAAUUAUGGUCAAUUUAAUAAUAUUUUGGGGCAUUUCCUUACAUUGUCUUGACAAGAUUAAAAUGUCUGUGCCAAAAUUUUGUAUUUUAUUUGGAGACUUCUUAUCAAAAGUAAUGCUGCCAAAGGAAGUCUAAGGAAUUAGUAGUGUUCCCAUCACUUGUUUGGAGUGUGCUAUUCUAAAAGAUUUUGAUUUCCUGGAAUGACAAUUAUAUUUUAACUUUGGUGGGGAAAGAGUUAUAGGACCACAGUCUUCACUUCUGAUAUUUGUAAAUUAAUCUUUUAUUGCACUUGUUUUGACCAUUAAGCUCUAUGUUUAGAAAUGGUCAUUUUAUGGAAAAAUUAGAAAAAUUCUGAUAAUAGUGCAGAAUGAAUUAAUGUUUUACUUAAUUUAUAUUGAACUGUCAAUGACAAAUAAAAAUUCUUUUUGAUUA